ACUGCAGCUGCGGGGAACUUCCUCUACUAGUAAAGGCUUCGUCUGUCUAGGCUUCUUCAGCCCUUCAGCUCCCGGCAUUCCCUUCUCUACGACAUACAUUUUAAUGCCACCUACAAUCCACUUUUCAUACCAACCUUUUACCCAAACCACCCACUCCCCACCAUGACCACUAGACCCCAGUCGCUCUCCCUCUGGGAGAAAGUGGAUCUUAUUCCCGGCCAGCUAGCCGUCCUGGGCUCUGUGCUCUAUACCGCUGUCACAGGCAUCUUCCGCGGAGAAAGUGGCGCAAAAGAAUACGCUCUUCACAUUGGUAACGCAGCGAUCAGGAAAAUGCUCGAUAGAUUUAGCGUAGCACAGCUUCAGUACCUAAGCGGACCCACAAACUCCAUCUACGAGACAUCCCUAAACAAGAAGGGCCACCAACCAGAAACAGUCCCUCUCAAACAUGGUGCCCAAGGCCACUGGAUAGGAAAUAAGAAUGCCAAGAACGUCAUCAUCUACUACCACGGCGGCGGAUUCGCCCUCGCCUGCGCCCCCGGCCACAUCACCUUCUACAACACCCUAAUCAACACUCUAAAUGCAGAAGGCCACGAUAUAGCCCUCUUCCUACUAACGUACACUCUCACCCCGCACGCCGUCUACCCAACCCAACUGCGCCAGGCCGUCGAAGCCCUCCGCUACAUCCUCACCGACACCCACCGCGAUCCGAGCACCGUCAUCGUUGGCGGCGACUCCGCAGGCGGGAAUCUGGCCCUAGCCGUCCUCCUGCAUCUGUCGCAUCCGCACCCGGAAAUCACCCCGCUGGGCGAUAUUGCGCCGCUAGCGGGGGUUUUUGCGUUUGCGCCGUGGGUGAGUUUCGCUCAUGAGGGUGUCUCUAUGCGGGAGAAUCGGGGUAAGGAUGUCAUUGGGGCGGAGGUGCUAGAUUCCUGGUCUACUGUUUAUUUAGGGGAGCAGGGGACUGAGGGGGAUGCGUGGAGCGAGCCUAAUCGGGCGCCAGGGGAGUGGUGGAGGGGGGCAAAGGUGAAGGAGGUGUUGUUUUUGGCGGGGAGGGACGAGGUGCUAUUUGAUAGGAUUGAUGCGUUUGUGGAGAAGUUUCGGGCGGUGGUACCGAACACGACGUAUGUUGUGGCACAUGGGGAAACUCAUGUUGCACCGGUGUACGGGGCCAGUUUUCUACGUGAGACGCAGCAGGGAAGUGGGUUGAGAGAGUGGUUGCGGUCUCGUCUUUAGUGCGUUGGCUGUGAGCAGCUAUCAGAUGAUCCUUGUAUCUUUUGUAUGUACACUUGGGUAUCUAGCGUGGGUGUGCAGGCCAGAAGUGAAAGGGAGAGACACGAAUCAACUACAUC